GGACUCUGUGUGAUUGUGUCAUGGGAAAUGUAGCACUAUGUGCACCUUCAAUCAUCUCCAGUGGUGUAGUGAAAGUUUUAUUUAGUGAUGGAAGAUUGGUAAUCUACACAAGGCCAGUGAAGGCAGCUGAACUUAUGCUGGAAAACCCUGGUCAAUUUGUCUGUGAUUCUUCCCAUCUAAAGAUCGGUCAUCGAAUUCCAGGACUCUCAGCUGAUGAAGAGCUUGAAGUUAGGCAAAUUUACUAUCUUCUCCCCAUGGAAAUGCUGUAUUCGGUCCUGACAAGUGAAGAAAUGGGCUCUCUGAAUGACAAGUCUUCCAAAGCAUUCAAACAAGGAAGUUUAAGCUUUUCAAAGAUUUUUCCAGUUCUUGGUGAUUUCUGCCUGUUUCCAUUAACUUCAGAAACCAGUAAGAAUUUGGACUCUGCCACAAAUGGUCCAGAGCCAGCGGAAAGGUAUGCAAGACAGAGAUCAUGGAAACCAGCAUUGGAGACCAUCAUUGAAGCGCCAACGCCACCAUAUGCCUAGGCAUUGAUGA